GAAGCAUGACUGUGGAGGAAGCUUCUUUGAAAAUCUUACAGACAGAACCUACCUCCAGAGAAAGCAUGGAGGAGGGACGAUCUGGUAAAGACCUCCAAAGAAAACGCCUACUAAUUACAUCUCCUCUAAUCCUGCUUUACUCUUGCAUCAUCAUUAUUAUUGUCCUGACUACAGUUGUGAUGGUACUUUCCAUUUUUUUGUCAGUGAGAAACACGAAGACGGUCUCACAUGUUCUGUAUGUUACCUGCCCAAAAGAAUGGAUUGGAUUUGGAAAUAAGUGUUUUUAUUUUUCUGAAGACGCAAGGAAUUGGACAUUCAGCCAGACAUUCUGUACCUCAUUAGAAGCUGGUCUUGGUCAGUUUGAAACCAAGGAGGAGCUGAACUUCCUGAAAAGAUAUAAAGGCCCUUCUGACCAUUGGAUUGGCCUUAGAAGAGAAUCAUCACUUCAUGUUUGGAAAUGGACAGACAGCACUGAAUAUAACGCCUCGUUUGUUAUCAAAGGAGUUGGGGAAUGUGCCUACCUGAAUGACAUUGGACUUAGUAGCUCCAGGAGCUACACAGAGAGAAACUGGAUUUGCAGCAAGACAAAUAAUAAUGUCACCGUGGAGUUAAUACUUUAAGGACUUUUUAGGGAAUUUCACGCACCAUCUCCAAGAGAUGCAUUAUAAAUUGUUAUAUACAGCUGCUGCUGUAUUUCUUGGCCUGCCAAAAAUAUUAACAAUGUGCAUUUAUAAUCCUUGUUACCAGCAAAGAGGCAAGCUAUCCUUGAAUGAUGUAAUAUAGGGAUUUGGAAGAGCAUGCUUCUAAACUAAGUGGGUGUUAAGUAAUAUGAGCUGAUAUUUGUAUUUUGAACCCUAUAAAUAUGAACGAGUUCCUCCUUUUCUGUACAGACAGCCCUGUAUUUGUACACAUGGGACCAUAAAAAUGACUAUGACAGCUGAAACCAUGCAAAAUGAUUUUAAUAACCAAUGAGAAAAGAUACAAUUGGUUGACACAUUCAAAAUUCUCUUACUGUCAGUUAAAAAUAUAUAGGGAAAUUUUAAAAAGCACUAAGACUAGGGACUUCCCUGGUGAUCCAGUGGCUAAGACUCUAUGCUCCCAAUGCAGGGGGCCUGGGUUUGAUCCCUGGUCAGGGAACUAGAUCCCACAUGCCACAACUAAAGAUUCCACAUGCCGCAACUAAAGAUUCUGCAUGCCUCAACAAAGUUUGAAGAUCCCAAGUACCGCAACUAAGACCUGGCACACCUGUUAACCAUAAGUUUGUCUCUGUUUUGUAGAUAAGUUCAUUUGUACACUUUUUUAGAUUCCACAUAUAAGCAAUAUUGUAUGAUAUUUGUCUUUCUUGUCAGUUUCCUUUUGUAAUUCUAUAUACAGUUUUGUAUAUAUUUAUAUAUAUUAUAUAUUUUUAUUAUUAUAUACACUUGAGAUUAUGUAU